GAAGAAGUUUGGCGUAAAGCAGUGGAUUGUGGUUAUGAGAACGAUGUGUUUGUUGGGUCAUCUAUGUUGAAUUUGUAUGCCAAGUGUGGCAGAAUGGAUGCGGCUUUAAUUGUGUUCAAUAAGAUGCAAAGAAAGGACAUUGUUUCUUGGAGUUCUAUGAUAAAAGGGUUUGCGUGUAAUGGCCAGCCAUGCGAAGCAGUCAAUGUUUAUAGAAGGAUGCAAAAGGAGGGGAUUGAAGGAGAUGCGGUUGUGAUGGUGGGGUUGAUUAAAGCUUGUGUUAAUCUUGGGGACUCGAAAGUGGGGCUCUCUAUUCAUGGUUAUACGAUUAGGAAAGAUCUUGAUUUGGAUGUUAUAGUUCAAACCAGCCUUGUGGAUAUGUAUGCUAAGAACGGACAUUUUAAUCUUGCUUCUCGUGUUUUCAAGAAGAUGCCCCAUAAAGAAAUUGUUUCUUGGGCUGCACUAAUGUCUGGCUUCGCUCAAAAUGGUUUGCCAGGAAAUACACUUGAACUGUUGAUUGAGAUGCAGAGUUGCGGGUGUGAACCCAAUUCGGUGUCUCUCAUGACUGCACUUUUGGCAUGUACACAAAUUGGUUUUCUGAAAUUGGGCAAGUCCAUACAUGGAUAUAUUGUCAGGAGGCUUGAUUUUGAUAAGGUUUUAGGUACUGCAGUGAUUGACAUGUAUUCAAAAUGUGGAGCACCUUCUUGUGCACGUGCAGUCUUUGAUCGGAUGGAUUCUAGGGACGUAAUCUCUUGGAAUGUAAUAAUUGAUAGCAAUGGGAUCCAUGGACGUGCAAAGGAAGCUCUGACACUCUUCCUCCAGAUGAUAGAAACAAAGCUCAAACCAGAUCAUUCUACUUUUGCAUCCCUUCUUUCAGCUCUUAGUCACUCAGGACUAGUGGAAGAGGGUCGAUACUGGUUUGAUCUCAUGGUUAGUGAAUAUAAAAUUCGACCAACUGAUAAGCACUAUGCUUGUAUGGUUGAUCUUUUGGCCCGUGCCGGACAAGUGGAAGAAGCACUUGAGCUUAUAAAGUCCAUGAACAAUGAACCUGGGCUUGCUGUUUGGGUUACCCUCUUAUCAGGUUGCCGUAAUCAUAGGAAGUUGUCAACUGGAGAGAUUGUGGCAAAGAAGGUCCUUGAGUUAAGUCCGGAUGACUUGGGAAUUCAUUCGCUGGUCUCAAACUUCUUUGCCAUGGGAAAGAAGUGGGACGAAGUGGCUGAAGUAAGGAAGGUAAUGAGAAAGACAGGGAUGAAGAAAGUGCCUGGCUAUAGUGCAGUUGAAGUGAACGGGGAGCUCCAUUCAUUUAUAAUGGAAGAUAAGAGCCACCAUCAAUAUGGAAAUAUUGCGUAUCUAUUGGAUAACUUGGAUCAAGAGAUGAGAGUAAAAGCAUGUCUUCCGGAGAUUGAAUAUUGCAUUAGCUGACAAGAAACUGAACGAAAAUGUCUGAUCAGAGUGAACGAACCAGAUUACUGAUUAAAAAGAACCUUAAAAUGGGUGUAGAUAACCGUGAAGCAACCAAGUUCACCUUCAAAACAAUGUAAUAGAGGACUUUUGAGAGAAAUUUGAAGACUUUCAUAGUUCAAGGAUUUGGUCUCUUGUUGG